GUCAAAGACACCAUGAUCUACUUCCAUGGUGUAGGGACUACCUCCUUUCAAUAGGACGGGGAGGAGUGUAGUGCUCGCGUACGGUCUGGUACGGCCUACGGGGCGAUAGCCUGAACCCGGAACACAGCAAGAGUGAUUUCCCUUGGCGCGGGCAGCACGAAAAGACGUUGCUGGUGUUGCUAGACAAUAUUAUUUGGCUAUUGUCCCAAUUAGCAUAAAGUACAGACUGAUUCCACCUGAUAGAUGGACCGUCCUACUAAGCCACGCUCACCCCGAAUAGCCGGUGGAUACAAAGGAUCUGUAGGAGCCUACUGUCGUGUGCCUGGCUGUACAAAUGCUCAAGGUCGUUGUAACAGAAUGGGGAUGAAAUUGUCAUUCUACAGCUUCCCCAAAGAUGUCAAGCAGAGAAAAUUAUGGCUCAGUAUGAUAAGACGUGAUGUAAUUGAUGACAACGGCAAGGCGGUACCCUUUGAACCAAAGUCUCAUUCCAGAGUGUGCUCAGCCCAUUUUGUUGGAGGUUCUAGAUCUAGCAGUCCUCUUAGUGCAGCAUAUGUUCCAAGUAUCUUCCCCAGAAACAGCACAUUGAAACGUCAAACUAAAAGAGCACAGGCAGCAGGUUGUUGGUGCGCUACAGUCGUUAUGUGCUGACAGACAAGUUACGUUUCAAACACUCAACAUACAAAUCAUCAAUAGAGAGAAUAAUAAGUGUUACGGUUUUACACAUCUUUAUAAGAAAAUUCCAAAAACGAUUGUACUGUUCCUAACAAGUCACCAUUGUACUAAACAUCUAAUAGCAACUUUGUUACACGAAAUAAGCUAUGCAUGGUUGCCAAAAGAAAAACACAAUUUUAAAUGGUAAGAAACUUGUGGAUCAUUAAUGGGAAUUUUAACAUGUUUUCAACAGAAAGAGAAAGCUUUAAAUUUUGUCCAUUUACAAGACAGUGGUAUUAAUUUAAUUUACGUUGAUAAAGAUUCUGAUAUCCUACACUAUAAGUAAAAUGUUUUUCAUGUCUAAUAUAUGUAUACAGAAUAUUUGUUGUU